AACACAAAUUGUUGAUCCAAUUGAAUACUCAGGAGACAAAGAUGACUUGACAAUGAAAGAAAUGUUGUCUCUACUUGUCUUGUUGCCUCUCUAAUUUUCCCUUAAUGAUUCUAAGGAGUUUUCAGAGGUGCAAGCUGCUACACCUUGUGAUCCCACGCAUUUGCCUUCCAUAUCCUGUAAUUGUCUUCCACAUUCCCAACAUCCCUAAGAGCCUAUUAUCCUUGAUCCUCCUAUUAAAGUGUCCUUUCAACUUGGGUGAGAUUGCAGCCAUAUGGGAAAUCAAUGUUAUUGCCACCUCUAAAGGCAAUUUCCAAGAUUUUCUUGUUGAGUGGAAAGGUCAUCCCAAGUCUGCUCUUGUUUGGAUCGGUGAAGGUUUGUUGCACACCUUGAAUCCCAAACUGUUAGCUGGCCAUUUGCAUUUUAACUCAUCGGAGUUGAGUUAUUUGCCAGUUGAGCAGAAUGAUUCAUGAGUCUCUAAGCCUAAUUAAGAAGGCUGACUAUAAAAUAUGUUUUAAGGUAGAUUUGUUUCUACUUUUCUACUUGGGAAAUAGAAAUUUUUAAGAUUUGAGUUAUUUAAUUUUUCCAAACUUUGAAAUUUUUGAUUUAUUUUCCUAUUAGUAGCUUUUCUUUUUAGUAAAGGUCAAAAAGUUUGCUAAGCAACUUUUGGGAAUAUUGGAAUUGAUAAUUUCCUUGUGAAUUUAUUUACAUUUCUAUGCAGUAUUUUUCU